AUGGAAGAAGUGAAGAUUUGGCAAAAGGUUAUUCAGUGGGGAAUUGCUCAGCACAAUACUUUACCUCAAGGUCUCGAAGGGUGGACAAAAGAAAACUUUUUAACGUUAAAGACGACUCUACAAAAUUGUUUGCCGCAUAUCCGUUACUUUCAACUUUCUAAUGAAGAUUUAUGGAAAAAUGUUAAACCUUAUAAAAAAAUUCUUGAUAAGCAGCUAUGGAAUGAUCUAAAUCAGCGUAUGAUACUUCCGGAAGAACCUAUAACCUCAGUUAUCUUGCCUGCUAGAUCUGUAAUUAACACGGAGCUUCCAAUACGAGUGGAUGAAACCUUUUCAACUAUUAUUAGACACGAACAUACUGCAGAGAUUUCUGCAUGGAUUGAUCGUAAAAACCAGACCUAUUCGAUAAUAAAUAUCCCGUAUGAGUUUGAUUUAAUUUUAAGAGGAAGUCGUGAUGGAUUUGAUUAUCGAACUUUUUGGAAUAUAUGCCAUGGUCAUGCGAAGACAAUUGUGGUUCUAAAAGUGGAAGGGACAGAUGAAAUCCUUGGUGGAUAUAACCC